AUGUCAACUCAAGCGCCAUCCACACCCAUCAAGGUGUCCGCUGCCGCCGCCAGUUACACCCCUGCCACACAAGACCAGGACCUCAGGUCACAAAUCAACGGACUUCUGAUCAAAGAAGGCCACGUCUCCAAAAUCCAGGACAGCCUCCUCCAUGCCCUCCACUCCCACCAAUCCAACUGGCCUACCGUUAUCCAAACACAUGCGCUCUCCCUGCUCCGCUCAGGCGAAGUUACCUCGUUCCCUGCCCUCCUCCGCCGCGUCCUCGAAGAUGUCCGACAAGACACUGCCCUCGCGCCCAGCGGCGGCUCCACAAACGGCAACUCUAAGGGAGUCAAUGGCGCCUCGGAAGAGAACGGCACGUCCGUGAAUGGCAAGAAGAGUGACGCAACAAACGGAGCCAAUGGUGCCUCGGCAAAACAAAGCCUCGCCGUGCCCCAGAACGUUGUCGAUGACGCGCUGAAGGUCACCCGCGAUUGCCUCGAAUCGGUUAUUGACAUUGACGAGAAUGUUGCGGCGUGA